CAGAUCUUUGAUUUAUAAACUGUUACUUCCAGGAGGUGAAUGUUUUCGUCAUAAAGGGUUAUAAACUCCACUUGAAAUCUCCAAUCGUGUACAAAUCUGAUGUGUUUGUAGGAAGAAAUGUUGACUAACUACAAAUUACUAUGAUCCUUUUAUAGCUUUAUGACCGGACUCCGCCUUCAAGUCAUCGUUUUCAAGUGUUUUUAAAGUAUUGUAAUCGGAUUUCAGGCUUAGCGACAUCAAUGGGUUAUCAGUCCAAAAGAUAAAGACCCUCAUGCACUAUCGAAAAAAGCUUAUAGUGUCUGUUUUUCCGAUGUGGAAGCAAUUUUUGAAAUGAGCAGACAGUAUUGAAAAAUGAGAGCAACUAUAGACCUGUCGGAUCUACAUUUCAACUUUGAUGAAGAAGAAUCCAAUCAGCUUCCGCCAAUAUUCAUCCGCCAUAUUUCAACUUUUGAGCACAAGUUGAGCAGUGUCAUCUCAGCUAUAUGUCCAACUUCUAAUAAUGUUGCUUGGAUUUCUUGCAACAGUGAUGCCAUUGUUGCACAAUAUCAGAAAGAUGGAAGGGAAAUAAAACGAAUAUCAACGCCAUUUUAUGUUGACGAUAUGAAAUUGACAGAGAACGGACAUUUACUAGUGGCACCGGAUAUGGGCAAUGAUAUUAAAUUCCUUGACGUGCAGUCAACAGAAACGAUUAAUUUUACCAAAGUUCAUCCAUUUGUGACAAGAGGUUUGUUUAUCUCAAGGGAAAACGAUUUGUAUGUGAGUUUACAUAGUGAAACUAUCUCAAAAGUCGUUAAGAUGAAUUCAUCUGGCGAGAUUCUACGAGAGUUACACAAAGAUCGUGCCAAUAUACAAUUGUAUUCCGAUCCUGAUAAAAUCGCCGUUAAUAGUCAUGGUGACGUCAUAGUCUUGGAUUGGGCCACAAAGUGCAUUAUAUCUCUAGACAUUUACGGACGAUACCGGUUCAAGUACAACGGUAAAAUCAGAAAGGUUGUUCACUGUGAAAUUUUUACACCGACGGACAUCGUCUGUGAUAAAUACGACAAUAUUUUGAUUUGUGAUUGUGACAACAAUGUCGUGCAUAUGCUGGACAGACACGGUCAGUUUCUCCGUUUUUUGGUCUCUGAGGAGAACGGAGUGACCUGUCCGUGUGCUUUAGCCUUGGAUGAGGACGGGCAACUCUGGUUGGGGGAGAUGAAUGGACAGAUCCAUGUUAUUCAAUACUAUUCCAAUAAAUAAUCAGUUUGUUUUAGGCGCAUCCAUGAUUAUUAAA